UACCUAGUUACUUACUUUGUAACGCUGCCGUGCUGAACGACUGCUCGAAUAAACGAAAAGCAGUAGAUAUUCUGCAUAAUGCGGGUUUGGAAAGCCUGAGGGGGGGCACAUUAACAUUUAAUACAACACAGGAGCCAUUAGUUUUAGGGGGCAUUUAACUGACUAUUGUAAAACACAUUUUGAAGGCUUUUCAUGCAUCAUAGUAACAUAGGGAUAGAUGAGGACCUGUGAUAUAUUAGCUGUUUUCAGGGUUGUCACAGUAAAUCAGAUUUUUUUUGUUGGGUUUAAGAGCCCUUAGGGCUGAUUCACGAAAGUGUGUUAAAACAUGCGCUAUUUAUAGGGUGGGGUAUAAAUGUUAUCGCGUUUAAAUUUUCGCGACUUGACGCACAAUUCACUAUAAGCACACUUGCGCUAAGUACUGCAUGUGUGCUAAUUAACGCACACCCAGAGCGGUAAUUACCACAUGCGCGCGCUAAUUAACGAACGCGCAGCGCGGUACUUUUUGCGUGCACGCUAAUUAGCGCACGUGCGAUAACGUUUGCGUGAGCACUUAUUGUCACGGCAUUACGCACGCUGCAAUUGCCACGCGGCUUGACGCACGUGGCAGCAUAAAACUGGCGCCAUUUUGCGCAUUUGCCCUGGGAGAGCACAGAAGUGCUAGAGAGAGAGAGAUAUCUAUAUUCUUUUUUCUGUUAAAAAACAUGCAGACCUCUAAAAAGAAGCACCUUCCUAAUACCGUGUCCUCUAGCAGUGACUCUGAGAGGCCGGUUUACUUGGGGAGCUCUGAUCUGUCCGAGCCUGAGGGCACAGACAGGGACUACCAUCCGGAGGAAGCCACCGGUGAGAGCGAUGAGCUUCCUCCCCCCUCAUCUGGCCCGUCAUCUGGGAAAAGGAAGAGGCAGGAGAGGCUGCGUAAUCUUAAAUUUAACGAAUUUGAGAAUGAGGCACUCAUAGAGGAGCUGGUGCCUGUAUACCACAAGGUGAUUGGCAAAUAUGCCACAAAAACACCCACUGCUGUAAAAGCUAAGGCCUGGAAGGACAUUGCGGAGCGUGUUAACAGCGUGGGUGUGUGUCUCCGCAAUGUCCAAAACUGCAAGAAAAGAUACCAGGACAUAAAGCGGGUCCUGAGAAAAAAGUUGGCAGAGGACUCCAGAUACAGAUCAGGAACUGGAGGUGGCCCUGCAAAGAGGGUGCAUUUCACCCGGUAUGAGGAGCUGCUGCUGCCGUUUCUACACCGGGAGAGCGUGCGAGGUGUCUCCGGCACCUUUGAUACAGACCGGAAUGUUGGCCAAGAUACAUCUCCACCUGGGCCGAGCAGAGGCAGACAAACGGCAUCUGCUCCCAUUCCAGGUGGACGCUCCUCGUCUGGGCUCCACUCCCCAUGGCGCCAUCCUGCAAUUGGAGAGACAUUUAGAGGGGAGGCAAGCGAAAGAGGGUCCCACAUCGGUGGCAGCGUCGUGGCCUUCUCAGAUGAGGAGCCGGCCAACGUUCCCCAGCAGCAGCAGCUCCAACACCAGGCCCCAACCCCAGGCCUCCAACCCCAGGCCAUAAAAGAUGGGUUCGACCAAACACUAAUAAAGCACCACAAAGUCAUGAUGUGCAAACUGAAUGUCUUGCAUACUGACUUGUGUGUGGCCACUCAGGCCUACAAUGAAGGUCAGAAACGCCAGGCCGCACAUGAGUAUGCAAUGCGAAGCCUCCAUGAGGCAGACAGCGCACGUAAGGCCCAACAUGAGGCCGACAUGUUGAGGCUACAGGAGGCAGACAGGGCCCGUACUGCCCAACACGAGGCUGCUAUGUUGAGCCUGCAGGAGGAGAAGGUAGAGCUCAAAAGGCAACAAGUGGCUCUGUUGGCAGAACAAAAUUCCCUACUAAAACAACAACUUGCUGCCCUCCAGCAACAGGGCCAAAAGCCAACAGAGCCAACAAGCUCUACCAGUGGAGCUGCUGGUGAGAGCGCAGCUCCCCCUCCUGCAGGCUCAACGAGGCAGCUUCGUAAGCGCAAAUAAAUUGGGCACGGUGAUAUUAGGGUUUGGUGGAACCUAUCUUUUCUUUGGCCUAUGUUUUGUUUUUGGUUUAUAGGUUUUAAACCUGUUAAAAAAAAAAAAUUGGGGAAGUGUUCCCUCAGAAUAAAUAUUUUU